AUGAUGUUUCACUUAGUACGGUGUCCUUCGUUUUGCAGCCAAUCAAUAUGGAUUUGUGAACAACUUUACAAAAGAAAAUGUUUUGAAUUCCAGAUUUAUUUUAAGUAUACCUAUAUAAAUUAUUUGGAAGUAAUGUCAGGCAAUACAAAGAAAAACUACACAGUAUUUAAAGAAGCAAAAUUCUCAGUUGAUCUGAGAUAUAAAAUCAAGCAACUUCUUGGAAAGGGUACUUAUGGAACUGUUUGUUCAGCUAUUGACACAAAAUCUUCUUCGGCUGAAGGAGAGGCCGUGAAAAUAGCAAUCAAGAGAGUGACAAACAUUUUUGAGAAAGAAGUCUUGUUAAAUCGAGCUGUCAGAGAAUUGAAAUUAAUGAGAUAUUUUAGAGGGCAUAAAAAUAUUGUAAAUUUAAUUGAUUUGGAUAUAGUUUAUAUCGAGCCAUAUGAAGGUCUUUAUUGUUAUCAAGAACUUGCAGAUUAUGAUUUAGCACGAGUCAUAUAUUCUGCCAUUCAGUUUUCAGAAUUCCAUAUACAAAGCUUUAUUUAUCAAAUAUUAUGUGGAUUGAAGUAUAUUCAUUCAGCCGAUGUAAUCCAUCGAGACUUGAAGCCUGGGAAUAUCUUGGUAACUAUUCAGGGAACUUUAAAAAUUUGUGAUUUUGGAUUGGCACGCGGGAUUAAUCCCGUAUACUUCAACCAUAAGACAUCUCCUAUAACCAAUUAUGUGGCCACCCGAUGGUAUAGAGCUCCCGAAUUAGUUCUCUCACAUAGGAAUUAUGGGAAAUCUGUUGAUUGUUGGGCAAUUGGUUGUAUUCUUGCAGAAUUAUAUGGCCGUAAACCUUUAUUAAUGGGCAAGGAUAAAUUUCAUCAACUACAUGAAAUCAUCAAAAUUUUAGGAACACCCAGUCCAGAAGUUAUUUCAAGAAAUAAAUGGAACCUUUCUACUAUAGCUAAACCACAUUAUGAAAAAGUUAAUUGGAUAAAUUUAUAUCCAUUUGCAUCAAAACUGGCCUUGGAUCUUAUUGAUAAUUUGAUAUGUUGGGAUCCUAAAAGUCGAUUUACAGUUGAUCAAUGUCUCGAACAUCGGCAUUUACUGAAAAUAAGAGAUCCUGAUUCGGAACCUGUUUGUUCAGAACCUUUUGAUUUCAGUUUUGAAGGAUCUGGAACUUCAAUGUCUGGGUUAAAAAUAUUACUACAUGAAGAAGUUGAAGCAUUUAAAAAGGAAAGAGCAGAAAAUAAAUUUAAAUAUAAUUGA